AUGCAGUCCGUUUCCAGCGCAAAGGCAAACCCCAAGGUCCAUUGCACUUUCUGGCUGACGGUGCUUUAUCCGCUGAAGAAUCGAAGACGCCGCGCGCGCCAUCUAUAUCGGAACGCAGCAAUUUUUCCACACGAGACAAUGAUAACACAAAGCAAGGAGAUAGAUUCGUAA